GCCGGUCGACCAUGGCGGACAGGUUCUUGUUAGAGCUUGUUCUUAUUUUCCUUGAGGUUAUUGGGUUUAAUUAGCAUGGGAUGCCUACUGUAUGCCCCGAAAUUUUUUCUUUUUAACGUGUCGUCGAGUCCUUCACAUCAUGAGCGACAAAUCGGCGGCAAAACAAACUGUUCGCAUCGCUACUUUCAAUAUUCUGGCCCCAUGUUACAAUUGGUUGAGCGGCUGGUGGGAUCGCAGUGAAAGCAGUAACCCCAACCUGUACUUACCAAGAUUCCGUGCCAUUAUUGAUCUUAUAUCUAAACAGAAACCUAGUGUAGAUAUUAUUUGUCUUCAGGAAUUUUGGUUUCAUGGUGAUGUCAUGGAACUUUUUGAUUCACAGUUUGAGGAAAAAUACAGAAUAGUAAAAUUAAAGAGGACUGGUUUUAAGACAGAUGGCCUAGCAAUAUUGAUUGAUCGCUCAAUCAGCAUACUGUCCAUAUGUCCCAUUCGUUUCAAUGAUAUGAAUCGCAGAGUUGCUUUACUAGUCCACCUUCUGUUGCCAAAUGAGCAAGAGAUCGUGCUUAUGACAACACAUUUGACAUAUUGUUCAAACUUCAUUGACCCAUUGCUACGAAUGUCUCAAAUAAAGAGAGUAAAAAAUGAAAUUGAAUCAUAUCAGCAGAAAAAUAAUGUGGAAAAUGUACCUGUGGUGCUAGCAGGAGAUUUUAAUGGCUGCCCAGAAGAUGAGGUGUAUGGCUUUGUGGUUGAAAAUGGUUUUAUGUCAUCAUACAAAACUGUACACUGCAAAGAACCUCAUGUAACUCACAAGCUUUAUAGUGGUGAACAGAUACUUGUAGAUUAUAUAUUUUACAGAAAUCCACCUCAAUGCCAACUUGUUCCUAAAAAAUCCAUGGUGUUGCCUGCAGAAUUCACGGAUGAAGAGUGGCCCAAGGAGUUCACUUUGUCUGAUCACAGGAUGAUAAUGACAGAGUUUGAGCUUGAGACUAAACAAGAGGAUCAACCUGAGACUCAGACGAGUGGUGAGCAGUUGGAUGAUGGAACAGUCUAACGGUCAGCUGGUUGGUCUGACUGUGGGACAGUUUACAUUGACCAGUCAGACUGUGAUAUGCUUUGUGAAUCAGACAGUGUGACGAUUAGAGAGUCUGACAUUUAUAUUGUCUAUAAGCCAGUUGGUCUGACUGUGGGACAGUUUACAUUGACCAGUCAGACUGUGAUGUGCUUUGUGAAUCAGACAGUGUGACGAUUAGAGAGUCUGACAUUUAUAUUGUCUAUAAGCCGGUUGGUCUGACUGUGGGACAGUGUAUAUCAACGGGUCAGACCGAUUGGCAGUGUGUAAGUUUUCAGUGAAGACAGUCUGACACUGGUUCAAAUACUGAACUAGUGAAGAUCCCACACCCACUAACCUUAGUAUGCUAUGCUAAUGGAAUGGGAAUGUAACAUGAGUACGACACCGCAUGUCAAACUGUGUUAAAUGUUACACGUUAUAUUGUAAAUAUUGUUGGCAGCCGUUUGUAGUCAACACGCGAUCGCAAUGAUUCAUCUGCUCUCUAAACAGCUCCUACUUUUUCCUAUAAUCCAAUGUACCAUCGGUAAUUACUCAAAAAGCGGUUGCUGCACCGUUCAGCAGAUAAUUAUAAUAAGCAUGAAAAAAUUGUUGUCGCACCAAAAAGCAGCACGCAACUUCGGGGUGACCGUUUGAAAAGAGUUUAAAUAAAUUGCAGAUUUAACCAAA